UUUGACAAGCUGACCUGCGACAGGUUUCUCACAGAACUCUAACAUAGAAAUCCCCACCCUACGCAUGGCACAGAGAAACCAUAAAGACAGAAAGACAAAUGCUCGCUUGGGGGACCUCCAGGGUGUCUCCUGGGAACGGCUUGCUGGGAGUUGCGCUUCCUCAUUUUCCAAGGCGGCCCUCUCUCCUCCUGGCCGCUGGGGGCGCGCUGCAAUCGGCCUCGGGGCCGCGCGCUGAGUGACUCCCGAGGAACAGCCGGGCCUCUGGUUGGCUCCGGCCGGAGGCCAACGGUAGCGUCCUUUUCUCGGGUCUCAGGUAACCGGCGCCGCGGGCUGGGAGUGGCCGAGAGUUCUUCCGUAAUAGCAGCCCCUUUUCACAGCUCCAGGAACUCGCCAUUUGGCGAAACUUGGGACCGAAUUUCCCAACUUCCUUUGGCUAGAAACCCCUACCGACAGAGAAGAGUGAAUUCCUAGCUGCUUAGAUACUUAAAGAAGAUUUCUUGAAGACUGCUUUUGGAAUAGAAAAGCAUGGAUCCCAGCAGUGACUACCAUUACCUCAAUCAGAUUUUGUGGAGAAGGGUGAAACUCACAUUGGUUUGUGGCAUCUUUGAGGGAGUGCUCCAGCAUGUGGACCCUAACAAGAUUGUUGUCUUGAAGAAAGUGAAGAAUGUGGAGACUGGUCGAAGUGUCCCAGGAGUGAAGAUGUUUUUUGGACAUGAGAUUGUGAAUGUGGAACUACUGGAUGAAGUGGAACAAGGUACAGUGGGAGAAAAAGCAUCCUCUGUUAGUCUAAAUACAGAAAGAACCAGGUUGGAUGAAAUGAAAGAUGAAGACUUAAAUAUAUGUGAGCUUCCUCCUGCCCCUGAGGCACCAACCACCUCUCUUCUGAAUGACUUCAAGUACAGCCCAUCAGAGGAAGAAGAGGUGACAUACACAGUCAUUGAUCAGUUCCAGCAGAAGUUUGGUGCUGCAAUGCUCCACAUCAAGAAGCAAAAUGUUUUGAGUGUGGCUGCAGAAGGAGCUAAUGUGUGUCGUCAUGGGAAACUAUGUUGGCUUCAGGUGGCCACAAACAGCCGUGUCUAUUUAUUUGACAUUUUCCUUCUGGGAAAUCGUGCUUUCAACAAUGGACUGCAGAUGGUAUUAGAAGACAAGAAAAUUUUGAAGGUUAUCCAUGAUUGUCGUUGGCUUUCUGAUUGCCUCUCUCAUCAGUAUGGAAUUUUGCUGAAUAAUGUCUUUGACACACAGGUGGCAGAUGUCCUUCAGUUUUCCAUGGAAACAGGCGGCUUUCUUCCAAACUGCAUCAGUACCUUACAGGAGAGUUUAAUCAGACAUCUUAAAGUAGCCCCUAAAUAUCUCUCCUUUCUGGAAGAGAAACAAAAACUGAUUCAGGAAAAUACGGAAGUGUGGUUCACACGACCUCUUUCACCCUCCUUGCUAAAAAUUUUGGCCCUAGAAGCCACCUACCUGCUACCCCUUCGCUUGGUACUCCUGGAUGAGAUGAUGUCUGACCUAACCACCCUGGUAGAUGGGUACCUAAACACCUACCGAGAUGGGUCUGCAGACUGGCUGGGAGGCAUGGAGCCUACGUGUAUGGAACUUCCAGAGGAACUGCUUCAACUCAGGGACUUCCAGAAGCAGCGCAGAGAGAGAGCUGCAAAAGAAUACAGGAUGAAUGCACAGGGCCUCCUCAUAAGGACACUGCUACAUCCAAAGAAAUCCGUGACAGAGACAGCAAAGAAAGAGGAAAAAGUAAGGGGUGUCUUACUUUGUGAAAAAUCUAGGCUGGAUAAAGCUCCAAGUUUUGCAUCUCAUGAGAAUGUAAAUUUGCUGAAAGAAGAAGCUGAGAGUAAGCAAAUUACAACAGAGCCUCCACAUUUACCUCACAUAGAGCAGGAAGUCCAUGAGGAUUCCAGUAACAAAGUCCUUUGCCCUGAAUCAGAGGGGUUGGAGGACCAGAGAAUAGGCCAGAAAGAACACCUUAUGAUACCCAAACAGGAAUUUCAAGCAAGUUUAUCUUUGAAAGAGGAGAUAGAACAGCUACUAAUGGUGGAAAACAAGGAAGAUCUAAAACGCACAAAACAAGAUGUCUCAGUGUCUCCUUCCCUUCCUCAGGAAACCAGAAUGAAUCUGAGUGACACCUUUCAUCCUUUUAGAAAAGCUGUGUUUCCCACACUUCCUCCCUGUCCAGCUUUGGAGGAUACUGAUUCCUGGAUAAAUUCUUCUUCAAAUCUGCCUUAGAGAUCUAAAAUUUGUUCUUUAGGCCAAAAAGUGGCUCAUUUUCCCCUACCAUUAGGACUUUCCUAAGUGCUUAAAUUUCUUUUCUUUUCUUUUUUAAAAAUAUUUUUAUUGAUUUCAGAGAGAGGAAGGGAGAGGGAGAGAGAGACUGAAACAUCUAUGAUGAGAGAGAAUUAUUGAUUGGCUGCUUCCUGCACACCCCCUACUGGGGAUUGAGCCAGCAACAUAGGCAUGUGCCCUUGACUGGAAUUUAACCUGGUACCUUUCGGUCUGCAGACUGACACUCCAUCCACUGAGCCAAACAGGCUAGGGCUAAAUUUCUCAUAUAAUAAAUUUAAUUAUGCCUCAGUCAUAGGCUUCUGGGGAAAUUAUAUCCUCUCGCUUAUUCCUGGGAGUGAAUAAGUUAAAUAAUAGAAGAAAUAAAUUUUCUGAUUAUGUCACUGGGCAGAAGAAAUGUUCCCAGUGGCCAGAGUGAAUUAUUUCUCAUAAUUUGAAUUUAGAGGAUUUGAAGAAAGGAGAAAUCUUGGGUUUAAUAUCUUGAAAAAUCUAUACUUUUAAAAUUUUGUUGUGUUUUUUGGUUUGAAGAGUGUUGGUAAAACUCUUACCUAUAAGUUUAAAAAUAAUUGGUACCUGACAACCUUUUUUCUUUCUUUUUUUUAUGCCCCAUAAUUCUUUUUAAAAAUUAUUAAUUAAUUUAGAGAGAGAAGAAGGGAGAGAGAAAAAAACAUUAUUUUGUUAUUCCAAUUUGUGCAUGCAUCUGUUGAUUCCUGUAUAUGCCCUGAUGGGGGAUUGAACCCAAAACCUUGGCAACAUUCUAACCAACUGAGCAACCCGGCCAGGGCUCUUUUUACCUUUUCAAAAUAUUUAAGUUGUCAAUUAUACUUCAAUAAAGCUGAAAAAAUAUUAA